AAGUUAUACGAUAAAAUGUUUUUAAAAGAAGGAAAAGGAUUCCGUUCUUUCCUUUCCUGUAACGACCGCUCUAAGGCUCCUCCUACCACCACCCCUUCUCCACCCAUCACCGCCGCAGGCUCAUAAUUGAGGUUUGAAUAUUCUUUCUUUUUAGCGAAUGGGGAGGAUCUCAGUAGCUCACAAACACGAGAUUAAAUGCCCUCCCGCGUCAGUUGAUAUUCGCAUUGUUCAAAAGAGUCUUCGAAAGGCUGCCUUCGCAGUUAUUCUUCUUAUACCAUCAAUUAUAAAUCUUAAAAUGGAUUUGAUUUGAUUCUCUAACAUUGUUAUUGUUAUUCAAAACUAGUAAGAAUAAAGCAGCUAUCUACAGUUUUAGUUCCUUCACAAUGAGCAAUUGCAACAUGACUAGAUUUCGUGCUGUUCACUGUAAAGCUAUGGUUCCCUGGUCCAUGAGCAGAAGGUGGAGAAAUGGAUGUCAAAGAACCCUUUCCACCAGCACUACACAUUUCUCUCAAAACACUUCACUUACUGUCCAUGCCGCAACAUCGAUAGUUCUGGCUGUGAACCUUACCCCAUUUGAUGCACCUCAACGCUCAGAUGAAUGGUUUGCCCUUCGUAGGAACAAGCUGACCACAAGCACCUUCAGUACUGCUUUGGGUUUUUGGAAAGGAAAGCGCCGCUCUGAACUCUGGCACGAAAAAGUUUUCGCAUCGGAAACACAAGUUCUCGAAUCUUCUAAAAGGUGUGCUAUGGAGUGGGGUGUGCUCAAUGAAGUAGCUGCUAUUGAGAGGUACAGAAGUAUCACAGGUCGUGAGGUUAGCUCUUUAGGAUUUGCUAUCCAUCCAAAGGAGAAGUUUGACUGGCUUGGUGCGUCACCGGACGGUCUUCUUGGUUGCUUUCCUGGAGGUGGCAUCCUGGAAGUGAAGUGUCCUUACAACAAAGGCAAACCCGAAACUGCUCUGCCAUGGUCAACCAUGCCAUUCUAUUACAUGCCUCAGGUUCAGGGUCAAAUGGAGAUAAUGGACCGAGAAUGGGUUGAUUUGUAUUGCUGGACACAAAAUGGAAGUACGAUAUUCCGCGUGCAUAGAGAACGUAAUUAUUGGGAUCUUAUACACAGCAUUCUGCGGGAAUUUUGGUGGGGAAACGUAAUUCCUGCUAGGGAGGCCUUAUCACUGGGCAAGGAAGAGGAUGCCAAGACAUAUGAACCUUCAUCCACACACAAGCAAACAGGGCUUGCAAUUUCUAAGAGCAUAAAAUUAGCUAGUGAAGCAAAGAUGUUAUGUAGGGAGAUUGCAGGUCAUAUUGAAUUUUAUAGAUGAUCCUAAGUUGGAACCUCAUUAGUCAUUGCACUUUUGCCAUAUUUGUUAUUUAUUUUCCACCAAAUAUUUAUUUAACGGCAUUGAAGAGGCUAUUGCAUGUUUAUAAUUAUGUUGGACGUCUGUCAAGAUCAAUGAAGUACAUAUAUUGUUAAAUGUAAAACAAAUCAGAACUUUCCGUCCCAAAAA